AUGUCCCUCGAGAUUGCGUACGAUGGACUUCGAUUUCUUUCAGCCGGCCAGUCAAGUGUCGUGGAUGUGAUUGACACGGAGAGGGUUCUCAAAGCCUACCACGACACCGACAACAACGAGGACAUUGUUGAGCGUCGAGCGGAUAUUGUUCUUGAACGGGGACGUGUUCUCCGAGAAGUGCUUCGUCCGCCAAACGAAGAUGUUUCGAUCCGGAGAAAGGUCCAGUGGCUGAAGGACUACGCGCACAGACUACAACACUGCCACUCCAAAGGGAUUGUGCAUGCCGAUGUUGGCUGUCACAAUGCCAUCCUGAACACCCAUGGUCGAGUACAGCUGAUUGACUUUGCCGGCUGCAACAUUGACAGCGCAGAAGUCAGUUCCUGCCACGAGUGGUUCUCAUACCGCCGAUCCGGCCCUGUAUCUAUCGCUACCGUUCAAACAGACGUCUUCGCCUUUGGAUGUAUGAUUUUUGAAGUGGUGACGGGCAGGCCUCCCUUCCAAGACGAGCUUGAAACGUCUCGGACUCGAACGCACAUCGUCGAAGAGCGGUACAUGAACAAUCAAUUUCCUGAUCUCCAGAGCCUGCCCGCUCCGCUACGUCAGUCAUACGCCGCGGCUGCUCCUCGCAUCUCGCUGAUGGCUGAGAUAGCCAUACAAUGGACCCCAGACGUUCUCAGCGCGGGGCGUCACAAUAUGAAAACAGUCGCCAACAAGAAGCGUACCAGAAGCCACACAUUUGGCGGAUGUAAAACCUGUCGCAGACGUCACAUCAAAUGUGACAAGGUGCGGCCUACAUGUCUCACUUGUAGGGCUGUUGGCGCGGCUUGCGAAGGGUUCAGCCAGGACCUCAAAUGGGUUGACAGUCGGAGCCGAGCCACUAACAACGAGGGCCGCACGGAGUCGGCAGGCCAGUCAGUGAGACAUCAUCUCUACACAGAAGCAACUCAAGAGCUGAUGAGCAAAGCUCUGCGUUCGGACUUUGCUCAUAAGCCUGUUGAGGAGUCUCUCUCAGAACUUGACGGCAGGUGUCGAGAUGGAGUACCAGGCUGUGCCGAUGGCCUCGUUGUGGGCCCUUUUGGGGUCUUCAGCCUCGAUACCACGCCACCACAGCCUCGGAGCAGCUUAACUCGGAGUGAAUCAGUUCAGACGAUGUCCGGACCACAAGCUACUGACGUUCAGCGUCACGAAAAUGACUUAUCAUCUAUUGAGUCAGUUGGCAGAUUAAGCGACAUACACGACUUCUUGGAUUGGCCUGAUCUUUUUGACCUGGACUUUACAAAUGCCGAGAUAUUCCCGCAGUCAUUCGACAACGGUCUUCAGGAUUUGUUUGCCGCUCCUGAUCCUGCGGCGCCGCAGAUCAACCAUGCCGAUACUUUCGCGGUUGAAAGAGAUGUCGGCUGCGCUGGAGCCGUGUCUCCCUCGAUGAGGUCAUUAGGCGGCGAGAUAGGCGUGAAACCUGACGACAUUGACCCUGCAGAAGCACAACUACUUCUCACUCACUUCAAAGAUCGGGUCUUGCCUCAAUUGCGGAUCAUGCCUGUCGAGAAGAAGUCGCCGUGGGAAGUCAACAACCUGAACAAUGCGGUUCUGACCCUGGCAAGACUGACGUACAUGGUUUCGCAACCGGUAUCUCACGCUGCUCUGGCCAAUUUACAGGCACUACUGGCUCUCUCCGCCAAGCACAUGGUAGCCCAUACAGAUGAAUCUUCUCGGGGAUACUGGCAAGAUUUUGCAGCCAACAACAUCAACAAGGCAAAGGAAAACCUGCAUUGUGCCUUGCGGAACGAGAUCAAGGGCACUAAUGCUGCUAAAUAUAAAGACCUACUUAUGGCAAUUCUAGCCAUGGUGACAUAUGCCACUCUGUACGAUAAUCAAGCAGACGCUCGGGCGUAUAUGAUCGACGCUGAACGGCUGCUUCGGCUUCGCGGACUCGCGAAACGGACCAUUUCGCGAAAGGCAAGGGAAUUGCACCAUGUCUAUACGUGGACAAGGAUAGUGGAAGAAAGUACUUUCGUGUUGCGUAACUACGAAUCAACCAGGGCAAAAGGUGCUGUUGGGACUGCCAGGUCCAGUGAAGUAGCUGCGAUACAGCCUCACUCGGGGCCCAACCCUCGCUUGGAUGACUUCCUGCGACUCGACACAUGUAUCCCGGACAGCGAGAUUGAAGCCGGUGCAGAAAAGGACAAUGAGACCGGACAGCAUGACAUCCACCUUGAAGACAGCCGAGAAUUUCCGCCGAGCAUGUACACCGAGCUUUAUGGGAUAUCUGAGAAGUGGCUCAGUCUUGUGUCACAAACGACGAGACUGGCAAAUUUCAUCGACAGUGUGGCAUUCGACAAGGACAAAUGCGAUAUUGUGUUCAUGGAAGCGAUCGAAAGACGAAAGCAACGACUAGAAAACAUGGUCUGUGCGUUUGCCACGAGCGACCUCCCGGAUGCCGACGACCAAGCGCUCUCAACCACGCGGAGACCAAGCGUGGAACUAGCCCGCGAGUCGAUGGUGCAGGCGCUGAAUUCUGCUCUCGUGAUCUUCUUCUACCGAAGAAUCAGGAGGGUCAACCCGUUGAUCCUACAAGAACAUGUCAAGACCGUCAUCCAGGCUUUGAAAACGUACGAAGCUGCGUGCAAAGAGACUGGCAUCCGGGGAACCGGGUCCCCCUGGCCUGCUUUUAUGGCCGGGUGUGAAGCACUGUACCCUUCGCAGAAGGAGUACCUGAAGGGUUGGUUCGAGAGGGCUUUUGCCGUCACGGGGUUUACAAGGAUCACCGUGGCGAAGGCCUGUAUGGAGGAGGUAUGGAGGCGGCGCGACCGGCCUGUCGGCGCAUUUUGCACGGGAAGCCGCGAUCAGACCCGAACGUGGGAGCGAAUUUCCAAGGAACAGAACUUGCACUUGUUACUGUCAUGA